AGCAGGAGCUUAUCGGAGAGGAGGCUUUCUUUUUCCAGUCGCGGGAACCCCCCCUUUUUUUCCCCCGCCGCCCCAGGCUCUCCACCCCAUCCCGAGAGACAGGCUUUGACUGCCAGGCAAACUUUGAGGACAGCCUCCUGCGGAAGCGGCACGCGUCCCCCCGGAAUCGCCACAGAAGACCGCGCUCAGAGGACUGAGCGGGGGCGCGCGCGCGCGAGCCUAUCUGGAUGAGGCGGCAGGAACCGUGAGCACUUGAAGCCUCGGCCGCCCCCUCAGCCAAGCCCGCCUUCCCUCCCACCACCCGCUCCGCAAGAUGAGUGCUACGCUCCCGAGCCUCCUGGCCUCGCUGGCCGUCUUACUCCUGGGGAGGGUGGGCCGCCUUGCCGACGCCUGCAGCUGCUCCCCGGUGCAUCCGCAACAGGCGUUUUGCAAUGCAGAUGUAGUGAUCAGAGCAAAGGCUGUCUCUGAGAAAGAGGUGGACUCUGGGAAUGACAUCUAUGGAAACCCCAUCAAACGCAUCCAAUAUGAGAUCAAACAGAUAAAGAUGUUUAAAGGGCCAGAAUGGGACAUUGAAUUCAUCUUCACAGCUCCCUCCUCGGCAGUGUGUGGAGUCACACUGGAUGUUGGUGGCAAGAAGGAAUAUCUCAUUGCAGGGAAAUUGGAGGGUAAUGGCAGGAGUCACAUUCACCCUUUGUGUCUUUUGCUGGG